CGCAUCAGUGAAUAAAUUUAAACGUAUUUCAUCUAUACAAAUACGAAUAUAAAUAUAAAUUUUGUUUGUGCAUUUGCAAUAAAAUUUUAUUUCCAUACAUUUAUUUUUUAGUGCGUGACAAUAAAAAGUUAUUGCGAUUAAUAAAAAUACUUUUAAUAAACAUUGAUUUCAAAUGUAAAUAAAGUGGGUCAAGGUAUAGCUGAAGUGAUAUUUGAAUAUUUAUAAAAAUGUAAAUAUUAAAAAUAUGAAACAGUGAAACGGUUGGUUAUUAUUAAGUCGUACGUCAAUGGACGCAAAAGAAAAUCCGAAGGACGGCAGUCCCCUCAGUCAUAAUGAUACUUCUUUGUAUAGAAGAUAUAAUAAUAAUAAUAAACAUCAGUAUCAACAGCCACAUCAACAUCAGCAUCAAAAAUCGAAGCCGUCGUCUCUUGUAAGUAAUCCCCGGCUAAUACAAAAUGACAAUACAGAUGCUGAUGAAGAAGAUCAAUAUAAACUUUACUCUAGUAGCGAUGAAAAUAUACCAAAAAAUAGUAAUUCCAAUAUAAGUACAAUCGAUACACAAUCUGUUAAUAAUAUACUCGAUAAAUAUGAAGAUCUUGAUUGUGAAAAAUCAUCAGAUUCAAGUAGUUUGAAUGCUGUUAAUUUUGAAACUGAUAUUGACAUCAAUCAGCAUCACCAAGAGCAGCAGCAACAGCUGGAUCAAAUCUUUAUAACAGCCGGUAAAAUGCGACAUCGUCCCACUUGCUACUCAAGUGAAAGGCUUGACAAGAAACAAGUGCUCAGGGUCAACCAGCAGACACAGGUGCGACAAAGAUCGCGCGAUCGAGUUAAAGAACAUCAUCAACAACAACAACAACAUAUCUCUUCAGAUGGUCACAAAGAAUCAUUUAUUGUUGACGAUCAUCUUAAUUCAUUUAUCGUACGAUCAAAUACAAAUAUAUAUGAUAAUAAAAAAAUAGUACCGCAUCAAGUUAUGUAUUUACAAAAAGGUGAAGUACAAAAACGUGUUGAUGAAUGGUUAAAUCAUAGCCAAAAUUUACAGUUAACUAAAUCUAACAUUAAUAAUAGUGGCAAUGCUAGUUGUAAUAAAUUAAAUAUUAGUAAUAAUAAUAAUACUACCACUAGUAGUAGUGGUAAUACUAAACGUGAAAUAUAUUUAACGAGAUCGAAUAGUAAUAUUGAACAAAAAAGACGUUAUUGCAAUAAUGAAUCACGAUUACUUAAUGACAAAAUGGAAUCUCGUCUCAAUGACACAGUGAGUUUUGAAAAUUUAAAUUCUGAACAGCAAUUACCAAGACGUGAAUACAAGGCCAUACUUAGUAAUGAUCGGAUAAAUUCACAAAAGGAAACAUACAGAGAUUAUUGUGCAGUAAGAAACGGUUUGAAAAACCACCGUCAUCACAAAGAUACUGAAAAUUUAAAAGUAUAUAAAGUUAACAACCAAAAUGAUACUGUGUCUGAAUCAUCUGAUGAUUAUUUCAAUUUACAACAGCAACAACGAAACCGUAAAGAAGAAAUGAAAACUAGUGUGGAUAAUAAUUAUCCACAAGAUAGUCAACAAGAUAUUAUUUAUUCAAAAUGUAAAUCUGUGAGUACUAGUACUAGUAUACGACGAAUACCUUCAGCUAGUCGGAGACCAAUCAGGUGCACAGACGAUGCAACCGCACUAAAUAAGGCCAGAGAAAGCCGACGACAGUUAAUUACAGCACGAGUGUAUCAACGUGUGAAUAGUGAAUCCGUCAAUGAAACUAGAAAUGAGUUUAUUAAUCAUCAGCAAAACCAACAAGCUACCAACAAAGAAGUAAAUAAAGUUAAAAAACCUCCGCCUCCACCGCGAAGAGAUUUUACUGGUCGGAAUAAUCGAGAGGAAACUGCGCAGAGUUUAUUAAAUAAUCAAUCAGGUUGUUCGAGUUUUAAGCCGCUUGGCAAAUUACUAAGUAAACAACUGGGUGAUUGUAAUGCAAAUAGUGAUUUUGAUAUAACUAUUGGCAAAUUACAUGAUAAUGGUGUGAUAACAAGGAAUACUGAUGAAAUGAUUAAAAAUAAAUCGUCAUUGCAUUGUAAAACUAUUCAGACUGAUGACCUUCUGAGUAUUCUUGCACCUGCUGCCAAGAGAUCUGUGUACAAAGAAGACAAUGAAGAAGAAUCUGAUCAAGGUUUCAUUAAUUUGACUAAAGAAAUCAAUCAGAAUAGCGGCGACCUAGAAAUGCCUUCUGAAAGUUGCUUGGAUAAAUUGACGGCUGUAGAAACUAAAAAUUUUAAUACUAAGAUACAAAGACGUGAUAAUUAUUAUUGUAAAGAAGAGAAUACUAGUAAAAAUAAAGAUAAUGGAAUUGCUGAGAUAAGAAACGGAAAAAUUAUGAGCUCGUUUAAUCAGUUAAAUAAAAAUCAAUAUGAUAUUUUGUCAAGCAAUAGUAUUGAUGAAGAAAAAUUAUCGUCGGAUAAAAGAGAAAGAGUUGAAAAAAAAGAGACAUCGAAAAGUUGUAAGACAAAUAAAGUAACGGAUGAAAUUCUACAAGACUCUUAUGAGGGCAGAAGUACGUUGAAGUUAGAUAGAGAUCGUGGAGCGAUCCAUACUAAAGAUCUGGAAAGUCGGGCAACAUUUCAAGAUACUUUGGUCGCGGACUUUGCUGAAAACUCAAUAUUUCAGCAUAAGAAUGACGAUUGUUUUCAAAGCCAUUUACUUAAUACUAAAAACUCUUGGAAAGUUGAACCAAUUUAUUCAAAAGCUAAUAGUGACUCGAUGCACGUCGAAUUGUUUAACGUUAAACAAAAAACCAUGAUUAAUAAUGAUAGUUCAAAUACUCAAACUAAUAGUGAUGUUUAUAAUUUAAGUUUAAAAAAAAUUGUUGAUAAUCCAAAAGUUGAUAAUGAAUCGGUUGAAUCAAAUCAUGCUAAGCCAUUUAACUUUAAUAGUGUUCUCAGUGACGAUUAUAAAAACUUACAUAUACGCGAAGCUAAUCGAUUGAAUGAAUGUAAAGUUCAUCUUACCAAAGAAAUUAUAGAGAGACAAAGACUAAUGGAUAUGCUUAGGAAAGGGGAUUAUCAUGCAGUUAAAUUGGAACUUGAAAAAAGUUUCACUGUAUCAACACCGGGAGAUAGUAGUCCAGUUUGCUAUCCACCCUGCAGCCCACCUCCAGCUCCAGCGGCUUAUCUAUCAAGUGUCCGAGCAUCAUCCAGGAAAUUAGACGGUGCAAGUGGACAUCCUUCACCUGAUCGUGACUCCGUCGGACGACUACUUCGAUAUUUGAAGAGCUUCUACAAAGAAGUAGCGACAAGAGAUCCUCAUCACUUGCCACCAUGGACUUCAUUUUUACCAGCUGGUACAUUUUGCCCAGCACAUUUUCAACCCCACUUACAGCUUAUCUACAACAACGACCAAGAGCAUCGUUUAGAGAGAAUAAAAAUCGAUCAAAUCUUCACAUCAAUACGAUUGAGUGACGGAAUUUUGUUGGAAGGACCUAGACGAGUCGCAAUAGAAGGUGGACCAGGAAGUGGUCGAACAAGUUUAUGUUUGAAAUUACUUCACCAAUGGGCAAAUCAGGGCGAUGGACCAGCUCUUGCAUUCAUGAUACCAUUACGUGAAUUACGUGGGAAUUCAAUAAUAAAUUACUUAACACGUGAAUUUCUGCCUAAAAGUGCAGCUCUAGGUGAUGCAAUAGCACAAGUGUGGCGAACACUUCAUUUGUUAGAAGACCGUGUGCUUUUUAUUCUUGACGGGUACGAUGAAUGUUCAGGUGCAAAGGCAUCAUUAGCAGACGCGGCAGACCUUUUAGAAGCACGUCUUUUUCCCGAUGCAAGAAUACUCGUUACCUGUACACCAAACAAUUCAUCAAGCUUGUCAAGUAUGGUACAACGCCGAAUUCUCCUGACUGGUCUUGAGUGGUCCCACGUUGAAAAACUAUGCGUUGCAUAUUUUAUUCAUAAUAAUUUGUCAGAACAUGCAUGUGAUUUUUUAGAAAAUUUAAAUGUACAGUCGCAGUCUGCAAAAGAGUUUAUACAGUAUCCAUUAGGUUGGAUUAUGUUAUGUUCGCUUUAUCGUGAUUCUGGUAAAUUGCCGAGCGAAUCAAAUACAUUGAUACAAGAAGCUAUUAAAGGUGUUGUUAAAAAAAGUUUAGAGCACCCAUUGACUCCUGACGAAGAGAUACCUAUUUAUUAUAAAAAGAAACUCGAAGACUUUGGUAAACUUUCUUUGUCAAGUUUGAGAAAAGGUAAAUGCUGUUACACCGAAACAGAGUUAAGAACUCGUGGUGGCGGAAUCGAUAUCACAAGACUUGGGUUUCUGACACGAGGUUUUACUUUCGGACAUCGUCGGAAAACAGAAAUUUAUACGCCAAUACAUCUAGCGGUGAUCCAAUACUUUGCAGCAUGUUACCUUGCAUCAGUAUCACAAUUCACAAACAUAUUGCGCAAUGAGUUAGAUGGAUUACCCACCGAAAUAAUAAGCCAUUUAGCAGCAUUACUGGGUCCCCGAACUCAUUUAAUUCUUAACCAACUAUGCCCAUUGGAAAUUCCACCAAGAAUGAUAUUCUCGUUACUUAAAGCCGCAGGAACAUCUGACAAUAAUAUUCUGUCAGUUUGUCGAUUAUUUGGAGCAGCAUCGGGUUUCGGACCGACUCCUAAUGAGAAGCCUCCAGUUCCAUUAGUCCAAAUAUCACCACUCGAGUUGGAAGGAUGGGCUAAAAUACUUUCCAGCUCAGCUUGUACACUUGAAGCUCUUGAAGUUGUCUUUCAAGUUGAACGUGGAUCUGAUCCAACUUAUCUAAAUAAUUUCUUCAAUGCACUUUCUAACAACGAAAGCGUUAAACUUGUUAGAAUAACUUCACUGUUGGGACAAGAAUUUUCAACUGACGAAACACAAAGGCUCGCUGAAUAUCUCAAGAGUGUACUUAGUAAAAAGAAACUUAACGAUUUUGAACUAGUUAUUACGUGCUUAGAAGAAUCCUCAAAUGACAGACUGGAGUGUGUAGUGUGUGCUCUCUGUCAAGGUUUAAGAAAUGCAUCUCCUCACCUAUCACGAGUGGUACUCGAUAUGAAUCUGUCCAGCGAGCAAGUCAGUAGGGUUUGCAAGACUCUCCGCGAUUGUGCUCAAGUACAGGCACUACACUUGCCCCAUUUGAGCUGUGGUAGUGAUGGUUUGGCAUCUGUUGCAAACCUUCUCAAAGAAAGACCUUUGUUUGCACUCAAUCUUGCCGGAAGCUGGGGAACUAAGAGUGAAGAUCCAUCAAGCUCUGGGAUUAGUAUGGGGUCUGGGUCAGGCUCUGGAAGCAGCGGUUGCGCAUCAAACACACUCGGAACAUUAUCCGUUAAUCGGUGCUACUCUUCUCUUCCACGUGGUACCCUCGCAGCUUACGGGAGUUUGACUAGACCAGCAACGUUACCACGUCUGCCAUUAGGUAUUGGCCUCAAUCCUAGUCCAACAACUGCUAAUGGCACACUUCCACAAAAUGAUAAUGACAAAGACAGCAGUUCUGGUAAUAGCAAGAGAAAUAGUGACAGCGUACUCUGUCAUCGUCUCCCUGUGAUGCAUCCGCUUCCUACAUGUGACGUUGCCUGCCAUCAAGGAACUGGUUUCCAUGAAAUUUUCAGUACCAUACGAGAACAAAACUGCAAAUUAAGAUCUUUGAAUGUCUCAAAAUGUCUGCAAGGAAGUCUGGAUGCAAGUUGUCUAGGAGAAACAAUCAGACGAGCACGAAAUUUAGAUGCUGUAAGAGCAGCCGGUGCCUCAAGGCCAAUAGAUAUUAUGCCUCUUGUUCUUGCACUUACUGAAGCUCCAUGUCUCCAACUUCUUGAUCUAGCCAGUCCUCGUCUCGCAAUUGAUGAUCAUCCCUCGAGACUUCUAUGCCAUGCACUCGCGAGAAAUGAAACUCUCCGUCUUCUGAGUCUUGAAGGAUGGACAUUUAGAAUAGAGGAAUCUGACAGUCUAGCAGUAUUUGCUGAGCUAUUGAUGUGCACGAGUGUACGUGAAUUAAAUUUGUGCAAUGCCCGUCUGCAUCUAGCCGUCCACGAAGGUCCACUUUCAAGAUUAGGUCGUAGAGACGACGUCGGAGCGGAACUGUUGAGAGCCGCACCACCCCCGACAUGCCCUACGAUAGUUUUCCUUCGUCUAGCCGGCUUUCAAGUUUCAGUCAACGAUAGAUUAGCAUUGCGUGGUCCUUUAUUACUACCAUUUAUCGCAGGAUUUACAGUACUAAGCGAUUUAGAUUUAUCAUUAGAUAAAUCAGAAAUAGGCAAUAAUAAUGGCUCACAAUUAUUUAUUGAUGAUAAAAUAUUACAACAAUUUUUUUCAUCGUUGGCAAUGAAUUUAAAAAAUUUACAAACAUUAAGAAUAAAUUAUUGGCAAAUAACACUUGAAAAUAGUGAUAAAACAAUGAAACACAUAUCGAAAAAUUUACGGCUUUGUAAUUUAAGUUUUUUAAAAGCUAAUGGUCUUGUUGUUACUGACAGUGUUAAACGUACACAAAUAGAACAUGUCUUUAUUCAAACAGUACUUGCUAAUUUACAAUCACUAACUUGGCUAUGUCUUGAUGGUAUUAAACUUACGGAAAAUCAGUGCACUACAUUAGGCAAAUGGAUUAAAGAUAAAUAUCCAGGUAAUUUAGUCGAAAUAAGUGCUAAAGAUAUUAAUGUUAAAGCUGUUAAAGCUUUCGUUGCUGCCGUUGAAGACGGCGAGCGUAUUGAUAUUAAUUACACCGGUGGAUUUAUUUGUCGAUUAAAAAUAAGCAAAUUGCAGAAAAAUGCUAAAAAUAAAAAUAAGUUUAAGUAAUAAACAAUAUUUGUGAUAAAUUUAUAAAGACUGUGCUACUUUAUAUA